AUGGCGUCAAGUGCUAAUGAUGCCAAUGCCCAGUUGGGCGUGCACGUUGAGGACUUGAGCAAAGAGAAACCGCCGAAUCCUUUCUUGUUUCCUCGCAGUUUUCUUAAUAUGCAUCUGCUGUAUAACACAGUAGGCGUUCACCCGUUUCUACCCGCGUAUCCUCCACAAAUUCUACAAUGGCAACAGCCCAACCCCAUCACCGAGUCGUGCAUGGGUAAAUUCUUUAUUUCCGCGUCUAUGGGGUACAUUAUGGGCAAUGCAUUUGGAUUGGUACUGGGCAGCUACGAAGGAAUCACGCCACCGAUACCACUUCCGGGACAGAGAGAAUUACCAAAAGUACCAUGGCGCGAGUCAAUGGCGGGAUCUUGGCGAGUUACAGCGGGCAAAUGCCGCUACUGGGGCAACAACUUUCUUGUCAUUUCAGCCAUGUUUUCGGGAUUGGAGUGCGCGUCUGAGAAGAUUCGCGGACGCCACGACGUGGGCAACGAGUUGGUGGCGGGUUGUGCGACGGGUGCAGCACUGGCAGCAGGUCAGGGAUUUCAAGCGCAAUGUCUUGGCUGUGCAGGUUUUGCUGCGUUCUCGUACGCAAUCAACGUGUUUACAGGCGGCAAGUUCUAG